AUGUUGGUCCAUAUGCUUUCAAGCAAGUUGGAUGCCACAACGCUUCGUUUGUGGGAAACGGAGCAUCGUUCAAAGGAAGUUCCAAGGUUUGAGAACAUGAUGGAAUUCCUGAGAAAUCAUCGUACGGUUCUGCGGUCAAUUGCCGGAGAAAUUCCUAACCCACCAGAACAGAGGAAAGCAUCUCGGGUAAGCAGCAGUUACGCCGGAAUGCAGUCAUCGUGUCUAUUGUGUGGUGAAGGACAACACAUGGUGUUUCAGUGUAAACGGUUCAAGUCAAUGAAGGUUGACGAAAGGAGAAAUGCUGUAAGAUCGAAUCAACUUUGCUACAAUUGCUUGUCUCGAGGACAUGCUGCCAAGGUCUGCACACGGGGAACUUGUCGUAUUUGUGGACAGCGACAUCACUCUAUGUUGCACCUCAAGACGAAUGAAUCGUCUAACAAUCAGUCAGUUCCACAGUCAAACAAGCGUUAUCAACAGGGCCCACAGAUCCCACAAUUGAUUCAGACACCCACAACCUCACAAGCUAAUAAUCAUGCUCCUAACACUCCUCAGCAACCCAACAUCCCAUCCACAAUCUCCACACCAGCUAUUCCAAAUUCGCAAAGUCAAACACCACGUACCACAGACAUUCCUACUAGCCACAAUGUGGUACUCUCUGCUAAUGAACCCAAGGCACCACGAUCGGUCAUACUCGCAACCGCAAUCGUGAUCCUUGAAGAUCAAUUCGGGAAUACUAUGCAAGCUAGAGCAUUACUAGACAGUGGCUCUCAGCUUUGUUUCAUUUCGGAACACACGUCACAACGUUUGAAGUUCAAACGCUCACGCGAAGCACUUUCUAUUAGUGGUAUUGGUCAAGCUGCUAAAAAGUGCAAGCAAUCCAUCUUCGCUCGGGUUCGCUCUCGUAUCACUUCCUUCGCUGGGGAGGAAGUAUUCUACGUACUUCCACAAGUUACGUUGAAUUUGCCCAUUCGGAAGAUUGAUUCAUCAAGGUUGGAGCUUCCGGAGGAUAUCGUACUCGCCGAUCCACUUUUCACCGAGCCUAGCAGCGUUGAUGUGAUUAUUGGAGCAGGACUUUUCUUUGACCUGCUGCGCAACGAGAAAAUCAAGCUCGGGGAUAAUGGACCUAUUGUACAAAACACUUCUCUAGGCUGGAUAGUUUGUGGAAAUCUUCCUGACGAGUCGAACGUGCUCAGACCACACGUUGCCAACACGUGUACGGAGAACUUGGACGAAUUGCUCACUCGUUUCUGGGAAUUGGAGUCGUGUAAAACGGACAGCGUACUAUCGUUAGAGGAAUAUGCCUGCGAGAAGCUGUUCGACCGUACUACAGUCCGAGAAGCAUCUGGAAGGUUCAUUGUAACGCUUCCAAAGAAGGAUUACCUCAUUCAACAACUCGGAGAUUCAAGGUCCACGGCAUUGAAACGCUUUCUUUCUCUCGAGCGUCGCCUGGAUGGCAAUGCCGAAUUGAAGCAGAUGUACAGUGACUUCAUUCACGAAUAUCUGCGUAUGGGACAUAUGGAGGAGGUGGUGGAAAACGAAGAGGACGCUGUUACGUCAGAGUACUUCAUACCACAUCACUGUGUCAUCAAGCCUGACAGCACAACUACCAAGUUGCGGGUAGUGUUCGAUGCGUCAUGCCCUACAUCGUCCGGAAUCUCUCUCAACAAUGCGCUGAUGGUUGGUCCGACUGUCCAAGAUGAUAUAAUCGCGAUCGUCCUUCGAUUCAGGUUCCAUUGGAUCGCCAUCGUUGCAGAUGCUGAAAAAAUGUACCGUAUGGUACUGCAACAGUGGGGGGACCGGAAGCUGCACAAAAUCUUCUGGCGGGACAACCAGAAUGAAAUGAUCCGUGUCUUCCAGCUAAAUACCGUUACAUACGGAACGGCAUCAGCGCCAUAUUUGGCCACCAAAUGCCUUAAGCGGCUCGCAGAGCUUGAUGGACACAAACAUCCCAAAGCAGCUAUAAUCCUCAGCAAGGAUUUUUACGUUGACGACAUGAUGUCUGGCGUUGACGACGUACAAGAAGGAAUCAAGCUGUGCAGUGACAUUCAGCAGCUAUUGAAAGGUGGAGGAUUCAACCUACGGAAAUGGAGCAGUAACUGUCCGGCUGUCUUGGAAAAAAUACCCGAGGAACUCAGGGAUGACCGCACUUCUUUCGAGCUGGACGAUUCAAGCGCUACCAUAAAAACACUAGGGCUGAUCUGGGAGCCUAGAUUAGACGUUUUUCGAUUCAAGGUGCCGCAGUGGAGUUCGUCGGAAAUAUGCAAGCGUUCCGUUAUUUCCGAUCUUGCGCGGAUCUUCGACCCUCUUGGGCUUAUUGGAGUUGUAAUCAUCACUGCCAAAAUAUUCGUCCAGACUCUCUGGAAACAGAAAUUCUCGUGGGACGAACCACUACAAGAUGAACUCGGAGCUCAAUGGACAGAGUUUCGAGACAGCUUAUCAAACCUAGAACACCUCCAGAUUCCAAGAUGGAUCGCUUUUCGCAAGGAUUGUCUUGCCGUUGAGCUCCACGGCUUUUGCGACGGAUCAACGAAGGCCUAUGGAGCAUGUUUAUAUGUCCGAUGCACACACUUCGACGGAACAAUCACUUCGAAUUUGCUGGUUGCAAAAUCCAGAGUAGCUCCGCUGGCGGAAUCAGAAAAGAAGAGGAAGAAGCUUACGACGCCCCGCUUGGAGUUAUCUUCCGCUGUAUUGCUGGCUCACCUGUACGAGAAGACAUCUGCAAGCAUCCAGGUAUCGACCCAGCCGUACUUUCACACCGAUUCUAUGAUCGUAAGGUACUGGCUGUCAUCAACACCGUCACGUUACCAGAUGUUCGUGGCAAACAGAAUAUCGGAGGUACAACGCCUCACCAGGAGUGGAACAUGGAGGCAUGUGGCAGGAACAGAGAAUCCCGCAGAUGCACUAUCUCGCGGUAUUUCACCUGCUGAUCUACAGGCUAACAUGUUAUGGUGGCAUGGACCGGAAUGGUUGAGGAAAGAUAAACAGAUGUGGCCGGAAACGCAAGAAGUUGUACUGGAUAACCUGGAUCGGACGGCUCUCGAGGAAGGAUCCACUGUGGCAGCAGUUUCUACAAUUACUCCACCGAGCGAGAUCUUUGGCAUACGUUCUACAUUGCAUCGUGUGGAAAAGCUGGUUGCAUGGUUGCUCAGAUUCAAGUACAACGCACUGCAUGCUCGUGGAUCAAUAUCCAAGAAGACGGGUCCACUGACGUUUGCGGAACGAGAAGGCGCUCUGUUGCAUCUAGUGAAGCUGUCACAACAGGAGUGCUUUGCUCAGGAAAUCGCAGAUCUCGAAAGGAAUGGGGAGGUUAAGCCAACUUCUCGCAUCAAUGCAUUACAUCCGAUGCUGGUCGAAGGUGUACUCCGAGUUGGCGGCCGGUUGGAGAAUGCAGAAAUCUCGCAGAGUCGGAAGCAUCCCAUGUUAUUGGAUAAGGAUCAUCCGCUAACAUCCAUGAUCAUGCGUCGAUACCACUACGAAAAUCUUCACGCUGGUCCUCAACUGUUGAUAGCAAGUGUUCGCGAACGGUUUUGGCCACUCAGUGCUCGAAGUCUGGCUCGGAAGGUUGUGCAUAGAUGUAUAACCUGCUUCAGGAACAAACCAACCGUGCAGGAUCAACUGAUGGCUGAUCUCCCGGCUGAACGGGUAACACCAGCUCCGCCAUUUCUACGCGUCGGUGUAGACUAUUGCGGUCCCUUUUUGAUAAACUAUCCCUUUCGGAAAAGGACCACCGUCAAGUACUACGCUGCUAUCUUCGUUUGCUUGGUGACUAAGGCGGUACACAUUGAAAUGGUAGCCGAUCUCACCACGCAAGGAUUUUUGGCCGCAUUGAAAAGGUUCGUGGCUAGGCGAGGAAAGCCCACCUUGAUCAUGUGCGAUAACGGUUCCAAUUUUGUGGGUGCAAAACGGGAGUUAAAUGAGCUCGCCGUACUAUUUGAAGACCAACAAUCCCAGCAAUCCAUAGCUGCACGCGCUGCUGACAUCGGAAUUGAAUUUAAGUUCAUUCCAGCCAAAUCCCCAAACUUUGGCGGCUUGUGGGAGGCGGCAGUUAAAUCAAUGAAGCAGCACCUGAGGAAGACCAUUGGAUUGAAGAUUGUUACGCCUGAUGAACUACAUACUGUCCUAGCACAAAUCGAAGCUUGCCUGAAUUCCAGGCCACUCACACAGAUCAGCAGUGACCCAAACGAUCUCAACGUGUUGACUCCUGGUCACUUUCUCAUCCAGCGACCGCUGACGGCCGUCGCAGAACCGUGGCUGCAGGAUAUUCCUCAGGAUCGUCUCUCUAGGUGGCAGCAGGCUCAAGACUUUGUACAACGCAUUUGGUCCAGAUGGUCGACGCAAUACUUGUCGGACCUGCACAACAGGACCAAGUGGACCAGGCAGAAGAACAACCUGUUUGUAGGAACAAUGGUUCUUAUCAAGGAGGAUAAUCUCCCACCACUGAAGUGGCUUUUGGGAAGGGUAACGCAUAUCUACCCGGGAGCAGACGGAAACAUCAGGGUCGUAACCAUUAAGACGAAGGAUGGAAGUUUCGUUCGGGCAAUCUCCAAAAUCUGCAUACUGCCCAUCAGCGAUAACGACCCACCACCAACACUUGGGGAGAACUAG